AUGCCAGGGCUGAUCAACCGGACGACCCGCUCCCCGCUCCCGCUCACCGCGUCGGAGGUGACGUCAUGUGUCAGCGGCUAUGCCUUCGGGAUGACAGCCUUGCUCACCUACCGCAACCCAGAAGCCCAGGCUGUUGAAGGUCUCUUUGUCUACCCCUUGGAUGAGUGCACCACCGUCGUUGGGUUCGAGGCGGCCGUGUCCCGGCGUGCCGUGACAGUGCAGAUCAAGGACAAAGCCAAGAUAGAUGACACGUAUUUUGACAGCUGCAGCCUCCCUGAUGGAAGAGCUCACGAUGGAAGCGGUGAGGGAGUUGGGGGCGUUUUUGUAAACUCGUGAUGCUGUGUCUCCCUGGUGUGGCGUUGUCUCUGUGCAGGAAGGAUCAUGAUGGAUGAGGACUUGGAGAGGAUUGUUUUUGUGGCUAACCUGGGUGUGAUUCCUCCCCUGGAAAACAUCUCCAUCUUCAUCAGCACCUCUUCUGAGCUGCAGACGCUGCCCAGUGGGGCCGUCAGGGUCCUUCUGCCAGCUGUGUGUGUCCCCCGGGUCCCCCAGCCCAAAAAAAAAGCAGCCACCAGCUCCGAACGUAUGAAAGGCAGGGACAAGCACUACUGUGGAUCAGGGAGCCCAGAGCAAGGGAACAGGUUCUGCCUGGCUCGGCUGCUGGAGAACGAGGCCACGAACCCCUUCGAGUAUGAGUUCAGCUUCCAUCUGGAGAUCCGUGGGCCGUGCUUGUUGGCAGGUGUUGAGAGCCCUACGCACGAGAUCCGAGCAGACGCUGACCCCUCCGCUCGCUCUGCCAAGAGCAUCAUGAUCACGCUGGCCGAUAAGCACACCUUCGACAGACCCGUGGAGAUCUUGAUCCAUCCAAGUGAGCCCCACAUGCCUCACAUCUUAAUGGAAGAAGGUGAUAUGACACCUGCAGAGUACGAACGACACCUGAAGGGGAAGAACGAUUUCAUUAAAGGCACUAAGAAAGACCCCAGUGCUGAGAAAAAGAUGGAAAUCAUCAGGAAGCGGCUGAACAAGGACAUCCCCCACCACCCUGUCAUCAUGCUCAACUUCUGCCCUGACUUGAGGACUGUCCAGCCAGACCUCCGGAAAGCCCAAGGAGAGUUUAUCUUCCUCGUAGACCGCAGCAGAAGCAUGAGCGGCACAAACAUCAACCGUGUCAAGGAUGCCCUGUUGGUCGUUCUCAAGAGCCUGAUGCCAGCGUGUCUCUUCAACAUCAUUGGGUUUGGAUCCACCUUCAAGACCCUCUUUCCUGCCAGUCAGACUUACUGCGAGGAGAGCCUGGCCAUCGCCUGCGAGAGCAUCAAGAGGAUCCGGGCCGAUAUGGGUGACACCAACAUCUUAUCACCUUUGAAGUGGGUCAUUCGGCAGCCCAUCCACAGGGGCCACCCCCGACUGCUCUUUCUGCUGACGGACGGGGCCAUCAGCAACACGGGGAAGGUGCUGGAGCUGCUGCGAAACCACUCCUGCUCCACCAGGUGCUACAGCUUCGGCAUCGGGCCAAACGCCUGCAGGAGACUGGUUCGGGGGCUGGCUGCUGUGUCCAGGGGCACCGCCGAGUUCCUGGCGGAGGGCGAGAGGCUGCAGCCCAAGAUGAUCAAGUCGCUGAAGAAGGUGAUGGCGCCGGUCCUGAGUGACGUGUCCGUGGAGUGGGUCUUUCCCGAGAGCACCGAGGUCUUGGUUUCGCCCGUCAGCGCCAGUUGCCUCUUCCCCGGCGACCGCCUGGUCGGCUACGGCAUCGUCUGCGACACCUCCCCGUACAUCUCCAACCCCAGAUCUGACAAGAGGCGACGAUACAGCAUGAUGCAUUCCCAGGAGUCGGGCAGCUCUGUUUUCUUUCACUCCCAGGAGGAGGGAGCAGGCGUGGAGAGCUGGAACCACUCCCGAGAUUCGGAGGGCUGCUGCCCCGCUGAGCGUGCCCUCGAUCACCUGGGGGUGGGCAGAGAUCCCGGGGGAGAAUCGGACACGGACACUGACAUGAAGGCUUCCUCCAGGAGACGGGCAUACAGCACCACCCAAAUCGCUGACCACAAGCCUUGCAAGAAGGUACCCACGGCCAGCGAUCCCGGCACGGCCCUGGUGAAAAACCCCCUUCGGAAAACCCACCUGCAGGACCUGCAGCAGGUCAGCCCUGAGCCCUGGCAGGUGGAUUUCCAGCCCAUAUACAGCGUUGGGCUGAGGCGUGGACCUGUGAUCCGCGGCGCGGGUGCCCGGCGGCCGUCCCUGCUCCACCGGAGCUGCAUGUCCUUCUGCCACGACACCGGCUCCUCGCCAGUUCUGCGGUCUUCAUCGGAUAGCCGGAGCCCCGGGGAUCUGGAGUCUGCCCAGCAUCCUUCCUUCACGUUUGAAACAGAGACCUCCUCCGACUGGGAGCCCCAGGACUUUGACUUCAGCGCUGCCCGCAGCUCCUCACCCUCCCCCAGGACCUUCUGCAAGGCGGUGGUGAAGGGGCUGAGGAGCAAUGAGCCCGUGCAGUGGGAAGUCGCCUUUGAUAUCCGCCCUCUCUUCCGAGAGCGGGAGGGCCAGGCGGACGGCGACACAGACCUGUGGAACGAGACCUUCCACCACCUGGCAGCCAAGUCGGUCAUCCGGGACUUUGAGCAGCUCGCCGAGAAGGAGUGUGAAAUCGAGCACGGGUCAGGGCGGCGGUACCACAUCAACGCUGUCCACACCAGAAAGGUCGCAACGUACCCGGCUUCCCUGCCGGUGGACCUGAGCACCAACGCCUACCUGCCCACCGUCGUCGAGUACACCCACACAGAUGCAGAGGAGAGCAGCCUGUCGCCCUGCAGCACCCCUUCCUCCGCUGGCUGGGAGCGCUGCGGUCUCCCCGAAGGGCCGUUACACAGCCUGUCUGCUUCCUCUGCGCAAGCCCAAAAAUCCAUCGAGAGCCUCUUUGCUGCUAGGCUGACCCUUCAUAAAAGCAGGCUGCUGAUUCGAGCCGCCAAAGGGUUCAUGAGUAAAUCUCCAAGCAGAGUGAGCGAAGCCAGCUCCGAGGGCGACAAUGAGAACAUAGACUACCUUCCCCUGGUGUCUCUGCAGCUGGCCUGUGGUGCCUUCCUCAUGAACUCGGCCUUCUGUGACGCCGUCAACAUCCCCAUGGAGAAGCUGAAGUGGACAUCUCCCUUCGCCUGCCACCGCCUGGCCCUCAGCCCCUCCAGCUCCUACAGCACCAAGAAGGCCAGUCCCUCUGGGGAGCACAAAAGCCUCAGCUCCAGCCGGCAGCUCCUGGUUCCCAACGGCGCGGUGGAAAGCAUCUCCAAAGCCCUGAAAGCCGAGAAGGAACUCUCCCUGCCGGCCAUCACCAUCCGCCGCUUCUCCUCCCCGGAGAACACGCCGGCCUCGGCCGAGGGGCGAGCCGACAGAAAAAAAACGGAUGGCUCUGAGGGCCAGGCGUUGCUCCUCGACAUCGAGUUGCAGCAGCAGACGGAGCCAGAGGGGAUGCUGUGGGCCACGGCGGUGGCCCUGGCCUGGCUGGAGCACAGCUCGGCUUCCUACUUCAUCGAGUGGGAGCUGGUGGCCGCCAAGGCCAGCCUGUGGCUGAGCGAACAGGCCUUCCCGGAGGGAUACAGCCUGGCGACGGUGAAAGCCGCAGCCCAGCAGCUCUUUGUCCUGCUCCGUCACUGGGAUGAAAACCUGGAGUUCAACCUGCUGUGCUACAACCCAAGCAGCGUGUAA